AGACAUGCAAACAAUCAGGACCACGUUGGCGUGUCUUGGUAAAGGUUUCACCUCAGCCUCCUUCACCACCGUUUACCUGUACACUGGAGAGCUCUACCCCACCAUCAUCAGGCAGACAGGAAUGGGCUUCGUCUCCACCAUGGCGAGAGUCGGCAGCAUGGCUGCCCCCGCAGUCCUCAUCCUGGAUGAGGUACUCCCUGCUCUGCCCAGUGUGGUGUACGGGGGGGCGGCAGUGUUGGCAGGCUGCUUUGCCUGCUUCCUGCCAGAGACGCUGAACAUGCCGCUGCCCGACACCAUCGAGGACGUGGAGAACAAAUGGUCUGGAAGAAAUCCCACCCCCCCACAACAAGAAAGCGUGUCAUUGAACGAGGGUGGGGGUUUGGGGCAUGUGGGCGUGGUCUUGACCGAAGGCGUGGCUUUAAAAGAGCUGAAGGAUUCAGAAGGGACCGGACUCAACGCGCUCUGACCAAUCAGACGACACCAGUCACACUGAACCCCCACCAAUAAGACAGCUGGACUCAUUAAUGACAAGAAAAAUUAACCAAUGAGAAUCAAAGAGUGACACGUUUCAGUGUAAAAGUACAAAAAAAAAUUCACAAUUUAAACAUUGAAAUCUAUUUUAACUGAGUUUAAAUCAUUAAAGUCAGAUGUUUGAUUAUGCAUUGAUUAGAUAAUAAUAAAGCCACAACAGUGAUGAAACAACGGUUGCUGUCAUUAAUAAAGAUAAAUCAAUCAUCACUAAUAAAACUGUGAUCAAUGAUUGAUCGAUAAAUGAUCAUAUAUGUAUUAUUUUUUUAGAUUGUUA